UCCCUUUUAGGGUUCUAAACUAAUACCGCUUUGGCUAUUUUUAUGAGUGAUCUCAACUGUAAUUCGUUGUUCCUAUAUUCUAAGCCAAAGAUAACGUUUCUGAGUUUCGCAAUUUGUAUUUCGCUUUUUUAUUUCAUUGCUUCGAGUUCAGAGGUCCCCCCCUUCACUGCAACGUUUUCACCUUGAUUUCUUCAGAAUAGCGGCGGUUAUCCUCUAUCCUGCUAUAUUGGUUUUUCGGUCGGCUGCUAUGUGCCGCUACUCAAGAUUCAAAACAUUCUGCUCUAGUUCUCUCUCACAAGCUUUCUCCAGCUUUGCAACUAGCUUUGUCUGACUCUGGCAUAUAUUUUUGUUCUUCAGAAAAAUACUAAUGGAUUCAUCACAAAGUGCGGCUCUUGGGGGAAAUGGUGGGAGUGGUGGAAAUGGGACGUUGAUUUCUCAAAUUAAUGACAUGGCAGCCUCUGCAACAGGAGCUGAUGAUUCUAUGCAGAAGCUGAACCAGGUCAGCAACUCCAUUCAGAAAACCUUGGGCCUUAUCCAUCAGCUUUACCUCACAGUUUCUACCUUCAAUGCUGCCUUUCAAAUGCCUCUCCUCCAACGCAUCAAUGGCCUUGUUGCGGAGCUUGACAACAUGGUUAAAUUGGCAGAGAAGUGCAACAUUCAGGUUCCUAUGGAGGUUGUCAAUUUAAUUGAUGAUGGAAAGAAUCCAGACGAAUUUACCAAAGAUGUUAUAAACAGCUGUAUUGCAAAGAAUCAGAUCACCAAAGGAAAAACUGAUGCUUUAAAGAGUUUGCGCAAACAUCUUUUGGAGGAAUUGGAGCAGAACUUCCCUGAUGAGGUUGAAACUUUUAGAGAGAGUCGUACUGCUGCAGCUGCUGAGUUGAAACGUCAGGCACAAAGCGCACUGCCAAAUGGAGAUGUGAGAGUUAAAUCAGAGCAUUGAGUGAUAUAUUUCUUGUGUCUUCUAGCGUUUAUGUAUGCACUGUAUAGUGGAGUUCAGCACUGUUCCUUGUUUCUGCAUGUUGGUUAAAUGCUGUAAAUUUGAUGACUAAUUUUUGCUUACUAUUAAUUACUUAAUUUGGCUUGUUGCUAUUUUUUGA